AUGCUGAAACAACAAUAUGAAGCAUUGUUGAGUUUUUCCAGGAAAAUUGGAAUUUCGGGAAAGGAAAGAUACACUGGUAAAGUCAGGCAAAGUCAAACGGGAGGUGCUGAAGGUCCGCAAAAUUUUAGAAUUUUAGCAGCAACAUCUACACUCAAUCAGGAUGUUCCAUUCCAUGCAAGAGAACGAGGAAACAUGAAUGUUAAGCCAAUUCAGCACCGACAAUAUCAGAGGCAUUCGAAUGUGCAACGAUCACCUACUCAAAGUCAUCUUAGUACAGCGGGUGAUCGAAGCACUGCCCCUUAUUCCCAAAAUCGACCUUCCCAAGAGGCAAAGCGUCGCCGUCGUUGCUCAAAUCGUAAAAACCACGACGAACAACAACACCAUUACAACAACAAUUAUCGCUUUAAUAAUCAUCGUAAUCGUACGAAUUAUUAUCGAGAGCAACAGCAGCCGCAACCAAUCAAUAGUGAAUUAUGUCCAACAAAAUGUACAGCUGAAAUGGAAAAGAUAGCUCUUGACUAUUUACAAUGCGCGAUUCAAUGUCUAAACAACAACACUGGCGAUUUGGAUAGAAUUUCCACACGCUUUUCCUCAAUGUUUGAGGGUAUGGAAAGCAAUGUGUUUGUGCUGUCUAACGCUAUGGAGGAGAUAUUUAACGAAUCGAUGAAGAAUGCUAACUUUUGUUACAUAGGCGCUAAGUUGUAUUGUCUUCUGUACAAACUAAAUCCUCAAAAAGAUUCGCUUUUCUACACCUUGCUUAAAUACCAGCUAGAUUUUCACCAAAAUGAAGUGAAGGAAUAUAAAAAGAACAAUCAAGAAAGAAAAAUGCGUGAAACUACAUUAUUUUUAGCUGAAUUAUAUAUGCAAUUACGUGGUGAGGAGUGCCACACACAAUUUAUAGCUGAACGCAUUUUAUAUUCGCUAAAGCGGCUGCUAACAGAAAACUUUGAGAAUGUGCGUUGUGUAUGCUUAACAUUGAAAUUGGCCGGAUAUGAUUUGACUGCUGAUUCCUCAAAGGGCAUGGAGGACAUAAUUUUGGAAUUGAACGCUAUUCACCGUCGAUCACCAGGCUUAUAUCCAUUGGUAUCUAUUGUUAUAGCUCUGCAAGAAAACAAUUGGGGCAGGAAAGUAUCUCGCUCAAAAACCCCCACCGAAGACACCAAACUUAUUGACUCCUUUCGGUAUAAUGACGGUCCUGUGUUCUAUGGUCCUGAUGGCAGUGUUAUAACCAAGGAGGAAUGUGAAUUCUUAACUACGAAUGGUAUAGGUAUAUCUGAUUCCACUGACAACGUCGAUAUCGAUAACGAUUACGACAUUGUCCUCGAUCCUGAGAUGGACGAAGAAACAGAACGCGCAUACAUAGAAUUUACUAAACAGAGUGCCAACUUACGGAAAUAG